AUGUCGUACGGAUACCCCGGCCAAGGCUACGGCCCUGGGGGCGGGGGCGGCUCCGGGUACCACCACCCUCCUUCGCCCCAGUACGCCGGCGGCGGCGGCUACGGCCAGUAUCCCCCGCCGAACCAAGGAUACGGCCAGUAUCCGCCUCCGCAACAGCAGCAGUAUCAUCAACAGCCCGGGUACGGCCAUUAUCCGCCCCCGCAGCACCACCACCAGCACCAGCAGCAGUACCAUCCUCCGCCGGGGCCGCCGCCCCAGGGGUACGAUGCCUACGGCUACCCGAUCGCCCACGGGCCGGGCUACGGCGGAUCCGCGCCGGCGCGCACUGCCCCGCCUCCGCCGUCUGGCGUGCAGCACUUCGGCCACGGCGCGCCCGAGGGCUACACCUUCCAGUACUCCAACUGCACCGGCCGGCGGCGCGCCCUGCUGAUCGGCAUCAACUACUUUGGCCAGCAGGGCGAGCUGCGCGGCUGCAUCAACGACGUCACCAACGUGUCCAACUUCCUGAUGGAGAGGUACGGCUACAAGCGCGAGGACAUGGUCAUCCUGACCGACGACCAGCGCGACCCCGUGCUGCAGCCGACCAAGGCGAACAUGAUCCGGGCCAUGCAGUGGCUCGUGGCCGGCGCCCAGCCCAACGACGCCCUGUUCCUGCACUACUCGGGCCACGGCGGCCAGACCAAGGACCUGGACGGCGACGAGGAGGACGGCUACGACGAGGUCAUCUACCCGGUCGACUUCCGGACGGCUGGCCACAUCGUCGACGACGAGAUCCACCACUACGUGGUCCGGCCGCUGCUGCCCGGCGUGCGCCUGACCGCCAUCUUCGACAGCUGCCACUCGGGCUCCGUCCUGGACCUGCCCUACAUCUACAGCACGAAGGGCGUGCUCAAGGAGCCCAACCUGGCCAAGGAGGCCGGUCUGGGCCUGCUCGAGGCCGUCGGCGCCUACGCCCGCGGCGACAUGGGCACCGUCGCCAGCACCGUCUUCGGCCUCGCCAAGUCGGCCUUGCGCGGCAACGACGCCUACGAGCGAUCCAAGCGGACCAAGACGUCGCCCGCCGACGUCGUCAUGUGGAGCGGCAGCAAGGACGACCAGACUUCCGCCGACGCCACCAUCGCGGCAAAGGCCACCGGCGCCAUGUCGUGGGCCUUCAUCACGGCGCUCAAGCAGAACCCUCACCAGAGCUACGUGCAGCUGCUCAACAGCAUCCGCGACGUGUUGGAGACCAAGUACACGCAGAAGCCCCAGCUGUCGUGCAGCCAUCCGCUCGAUACCGAUCUGCUUUUCGUCAUGUGA